UUCUCUAGUUGUUACUUAGUGUUACAGGUAUUUCACAGUAGAUAAACGAAAAAAUGAUUGGGAAAAUUAUAGUUUUGUUGCCUUGUUAUAUCGCUUUAGUGAACGCUGGUGAACAUUGGUGUUGUUCAUGCGUGUCAUCGACCGAAGCAACGGUACAAUAUCGAAAUUAUGAUGAUUGGGUAGGAUCUUUAGAAAUAACGACCUUACCAGAUUGGACUACUCUGAUACGUGAACCUGAUAAUGAUAAAAAAGAUACUGUAAGAAAAGCAUUGAAUAAAAGUGGAUGUCCAAGUGGUGUUGUGAAUAUUCUUCUUGAGAAUAGUCAUUUUCAUAACUGCCCUGAUGGAUUAAAAAAUAGACUUCAAGAUGGAUAUGACAUAGAUAUUCUUAGAACCCUGGCAUUUAAAAGUAUUCCAGAAGUACCAGCAUUAUUGUUGCCUGCCCAACGACUUCUUUUAAUUUUCGAUAGCCUUCCAAUGAUUGUGCCUGUUCCAAAUCAGCCCAGCACAGUUUAGGUUCGCUAUUAUAAAAUAAAUACUGAU